CGCGAGUCGCAUUCAUUGCCGUUUGCUUGACAGUUUCAGUCGCCGUUCCACGAGUCCCUCUUAUACCAUUCGCUCUUUUUGCACGGCUGGGUCUGAAUUGUCUCCUGGCUCUUUUCACUGGUCGGAUAUUAUAUUCUUCCAGAAGAUCUCCAUCCCCCGCGGCACGCUAGCCUAGACAAACGGAAAAGGCAUCAUUGUUGCCUUUCGACUUUUUUUUUUCCCUGACCUAGACCUCCUUGCGACACUACAUAUUACAAGAGAAGGAAAAAGAGCCUAUUUGCUUUUUCUACCAUCAAUAUGACUACCGAAGAAAAGGAGGUUAAGGAUGAGCGUUUUGAGACUCAAGAAGGCGGCGAUGAUGAGGAAGAAAUUGCGGCGAUGAAGAAGCGAGUCGCCGAGAUGGAAUCCGAGGCAGCAAAGCUGCGCGAGAUGCAAGCCACCCUCGAUGAACAGUCGGAGAACCUACGGGAAGACAAGGAAGACAUUGAUGCUCGGAGUAUUUUCGUCGGCAACGUGGAUUACGGUGCUUCCCCCGAGGAGAUUCAAGCGCAUUUCCAGAGCUGUGGCUCAAUAAACCGUGUCACCAUUCUCUUGGACAAGUUCACAGGCCAGCCUAAAGGAUACGCCUAUGUGGAAUUUGCAGAGCCCAGUCUCGUUGCCCAGGCACUUGUCUUGAAUGAAAGUGUCUUCCGCGGCCGAAACCUCAAGGUCGUCCCCAAGCGUACUAACCUUCCUGGUAUGACUCGAGGGCGCGGACGGGGUGGCUUCCGUGGCCGUGGCCGCGGCGGCUUCCCUCCUCGUGGAGGUUACCGUGGCGGAUAUCGUGGACGGGGUCGAGGCUAUGCGCCGUAUUAAGUGGAAGGGACAUAACGUCAUGACUAUUGAAGGGGCAGAAUAUAUCCAGGAGCUACAAGAGGAAAUGAAAGGCACAACAAGCCAAGCUACGGCAAAGGGAAAUGCUGGCGAAUAUGCCAUUUUGGCGAGCUGAUUCAGAAUCAACAAGAAUCUCUGAUUUCAUGGAUGAUUCCUUUGGAGUUAGGGACUGGGAUGUACUGUAUUAUAUCCACCAAGCCACAGAUCGGGGGACAAGAUGGGCGGAUUUCCAAGAUCGCUUUGAUUAUCGUUUUUUU